UUCACAACCGCUCCAGCCACCACCUAAAAAGCUAACGGCCUUCAAUGAAUCAACGGUUGAAAAGCGGUAAAGGAAGGCCCUGCCACAGCCAACCAGAGAGAUGCUUUGCAGCGGAGGAACACUAGCCCUUUCUUCAUCUGCUGCUGCUACUGCAACUCUCUUUUCUAACCCAGCAAAUUCCCCUCGAUUUCUGUGUCUCCUCGACUGCAACAGUACUAGGACUAAAUCCCCAUUUAUUUACUCGAGCCCAGUAGAGUUUUGUGGCAAUGCCUUCCUGAACCAGAGCAAAAAGAAGAAGAAUAGUAGAAUGGAGGCUUCUUCUGGUUUCACGGUAAAUGCUUCCUCGGCUCAGGCUAAGGCACAGCCCCUUAAGGAUCCGGACCAACUCAUUGAUUCUGUCGAGACAUUCAUCUUUGAUUGCGAUGGUGUUAUAUGGAAAGGGGAUAAGCUGAUAGACGGGGUUCCUGAAACUCUUGACAUGCUUCGUUCAAAGGGGAAGAGAUUGGUCUUUGUUACCAACAACUCUACAAAAUCCAGGAAACAGUAUGGGAAAAAGUUUGAAACACUUGGUCUUAACGUCGGUGAGGAAGAAAUUUUUGCAUCAUCCUUUGCUGCUGCAGCGUAUUUGAAGUCUAUUGACUUCCCGAAAGAUAAAAAGGUCUACGUGAUUGGUGAGGAUGGCAUCUUGAAGGAGCUCGAGCUUGCUGGAUUUGAAUACCUUGGUGGACCGGAAGAUGGUGGGAAGAAGAUAGAGCUAAAGCCUGGGUUUUUGAUGGAGCAUGAUCCAAAUGUUGGAGCUGUUGUGGUUGGAUUUGAUCGUUACUUCAACUACUAUAAAAUUCAGUAUGGAACACUAUGCGUACGGGAAAAUCCAGGGUGUCUAUUCAUAGCUACAAAUCGUGAUGCUGUCACUCAUCUUACAGAUGCUCAGGAAUGGGCAGGUGGUGGUUCUAUGGUCGGUGCCAUUAGUGGAUCUACUCAGCGAGAACCACUGGUUGUAGGAAAGCCUUCAACUUUUAUGAUGGACUACUUGGCAACCAAGUUCGGGAUUCCCAAGUCUCAGAUAUGCAUGGUUGGUGAUAGAUUGGAUACAGAUAUUCUUUUUGGGCAAAAUGGUGGUUGCAAAACCCUUCUUGUUCUCUCGGGUGUGACUACUUUGCCAAUGCUUCAGAAUCCUAGCAAUCCCGUACAGCCAGACUUCUACACCAACAAGAUUUCGGAUUUUCUUUCCCUUAAAGCUGCUACUGUUUGAUUGGAAAAGAUUAUAAGAAAUUAUGGUGAUAGGAUUGGUGCCUCUUUGUAAUGGGAUCUAAUACAUGGUCCAAGCUGCAAUGAUAAGUAAAAGGUUGCUGCAUUGUGCAAUUAUGAUGUUAGUUUUUCUUGUAAUUGAUCAUGGCCUUUAAAUGUUUUCCAGCAAGGAAA